CAUAAAACACGUGCAUAUGCCCCAGUGGCUAAUUGUUUUAUUGUUUAUUAUCCCCUGCACCCGGUGGCUGUCCGGUCCGUUAGUUUAGGUUCCUGUGUGUUUAGUUAGUGCUCAUUUAAGAGCUAGGUGUUUAUUUUGUGUUUUGAUUUGUUUUUUUAAUUAAAAAUAGCGCGUCAGCGCGUGAAAAAUCCAUUCUUACGCCCCGGGGUCUGAUUUUAAAGGGGCAACGAACUGUGAGUGGUGCGAGUCGUUUUACAGUAUCUUAUUAGUUAUUCCUGAGCUUAAUAAAGCUAUUGAACAAAAUUAUGCUUUGUAAUGAGUCAGAAACUGUUGUAUCCAAGAAUUAAUGAGGUCGCUAUUGUAAUGUAUUGGGUAUACAUUAUAAUUGAACAGUGUUAGGCUGUAAUGGUUAGAUACUGACAUCUAGUGGUUACUAGAUGUAAGUUAGAGACAAGGGUUACUAGCCUGGGGUUCCGGAUGUUGUAUUCAGUUUUACUGAGAGUUAAGAUGGCGAUCACCAGAAAAUAAACCAUGUUGUGUUUAUGCAAUACCGUGUCGAGUAAAUCCUUUAAGGUAUUAUCAAGGGUACUACAUUUUGGCGACGAGGAUGGGAUAAAAGGAUUGCAGAGAUUAAGAGAAGACAUAAGCCUGAAGUCACACAUCAGAAGAAAAGUGAAAAAAAAAAAAAAAACGGGUCAGAAGAACAAGACGCUGCAAAAAUGGCGCACAUUGGAAACAUUGUCGAAUAUAAAGAGUCACAGGAGGAUUUUGAAUCAUAUUUUGAACGACUAGAGCAAUGGAUGAUUGCAAAUGAAGUGAGUGAAGAAAAACAGGUUAGUGUGUUUCUCUCAGUAAUUGGGCCUGAAUGCUAUCUUUGUUGAAAAAUUUGUUAGUGCCGGAUAAACCGAAGGUGAAGUCUUUUGCUGUGUUAACGGGGACUUUAGCAGCACAUUACAAGCCAAAACCGCUUGUGAUUGCAGAGCGUUUUCGAUUUCAGAAGAGAAAUCAAAAAGAAGGAGAAUCGGUCUCUGAUUAUGUAGUAGCUUUGAAACAGCUUUCUACAUAUUGUGAGUUCGGGACUUUUCUAGAAGAUGCGUUGCGAGACAGAUUUGUUAGUGGGUUAAGAGUAGAAGCAAUAGAAAGGAAGUUAUUGUCGGAAAGGACUUUGACUUUUAAAACUGCUUGCGACAUCACGUUUUCAAUGGAGUUGGCUUCUAAAAAUACAAUCGAACUUUCAGGAAGGACAAAAGAAGAUCCGGCCAUGGUGAAUAGCCUAACAUUGGGAAAGCCUGCGUAUGCAAAACAAGUAACUGAAGAGAAGCAGAUGGAAAAUGCAGUUAGAAGAAACAUGCAGACAGAUAAGCAGAGGCAAGGUAGAGGAAAUCAACAGUGCUACAGAUGUGGAUGGCGACAUUCUGCACAAGCCUGUAAAUUUAAAUUGGAAAAUUGCCAUUACUGCUCGAAGUAGGACACAUAGCAAGAAUGUGCCGGAGUAGAACAUUAUCACUACAGACACAGUAUGUGGGAACUGAAACCAAUAAAGAGGAAGAUGAAAUGUUCGAAGUUUUCACAGUUUACACUGCUUCAGAUGGAAAAAAAGGCAUUAUGGUGAAGAUGUACCUGGAUAACAAAAACGUGGAUAUGCAGUUAGACACAGGCGCAGCUGUUUCCAUUGUUUCAGAAACUCUGUAUCGGAAAACCCUGUCGCAUUUACCUCUGGGAAAAACCAACAUGAGACUGAUAACUUACUCUGGAGGGAAGAUUCCACUGCUGGGACAGGUGAGAGUUCCGGUUAAAUAUGAAGAUCAGAGUGCUACCCUACCCUUAGUAAUUGUGAAAGGGGACAGACCUGCUUUGUUAGGUAGGAAUUGGCUAAGGAAAAUUUGCUUAAACUGGGCUAGCAUUUUUUCUGUGGAACGUGCUGACGUGUCAGGCGACAAAGCAGUAGCAAGAGUAAUAGAAAAGCACCAAAAAGUGUUUCAAGAAGGGCCCGGCACCAUUAAGAAUUUCAAAGCGAAGAUUCGUACUCGUCCAGACGCUAAGCCAAUCUUUCAUAAAGCCAGACCAGUUCCAUAUGCGCUGAAAGAAGCGGUAGAGAAGGAGUUGUCGAGGCUAGAAAGUACUGGCAUCAUUUCCAAGGUAGACAGAAGUGAUUGGGCUGCACCAAUUGUCGUAGUACCAAAAUCAAAUAAAUCAAUUCGCAUUUGUGGGGAUUAUAAAGUCACCAUCAAUCAGAGUGUGGAAGAAGAAACGUAUCCGUUACCAAACACGCAGGAUGUGUUUGCCACUCUUGCUGGAGGGACUUUGUUUAGUAAAUUGGAUCUUUCACAUGCGUACCAGCAGCUCCAGCUGGAUCCAGAUUCAGAGAAAUAUCUGACAGUAAACACACACCGUGGGCUGUACAGAUAUCACCGUCUUUCUUAUGGUGUUUCCAGCGCACCUUCAAUCUUUCAAGCUGUCAUGGAUCAGAUUCUGCAAGGCUUAGACCAUGUUGUAUGUUUCCUCGAUGACAUUCUUGUCACUGCAAGUUCCAAGGAAGAGCAUCUGAAGACUUUAGAUGAAGUGCUAGGACGACUGGAGCAAUAUUGUGUGCGAGUAAAACUGUCUAAAUGUAAAUUCAUGCAAGAGAGUGUCGAGUACUUAGGACAUCUGAUCGAUUGCUGA